CAGUGCAAGGGUUCCUCCACAGUGAGGAGACGUCAGAAGUAAUGCAUUCUUUCUCUCUCGCUCUCUUUCAUUGGGUUGAUAAGUGCUAGAGCCAACGCAAACGUUUUCAGUUUUACACAGCCACCAUGGAGGAGGACGCGGGACAAUCUAUCCCAUUCAAGUACCCCGCCUCUGACUUCUUGUUGACUGUCGGUGGUAUGUUGUUUUUUCUCCUGGAUGUGGUACUAGACGUGUGGGCGGUGGUGACUUUCUAUCAACAAGAGGCCUACGUGUUCAUGGGACUGCUGAUGUUUUUACUGCUAGGCUCCUCAGCCCUGGUCCAGGCUUUCAGCUGGCUGUGGUACCACUAUGACAAGGACAGCACUGAGACCAGGACAGAAAGCCUUGUGAAGAGCCUUCACUCACUCAAGAUCCUUCAUGUGUUCCAGAUGGGAGUCUACCUCAGAUAUGCUGGUCUUGUGAGGAUCUCGAUAUGUGGCUUCUGCUGUAGAAAGCGUUACAUGGAGGGCAACGCCGUGUAUCUGACCCAUGACCUUAGCCUGCUGCGCCUCAUCGAGACCUUCUCUGAGAGCGCGCCACAGCUUGUCCUCAUGAUUACCAUCAUCAUCCAGAGGGGAGAGGUGGAGCCCAUUACAAUCUUGAAGGCACUUGGUUCAGUGUCUGCCAUCGCCGUCAGCGUGACCAUGUAUCACCGCUCCCUGCGUUCCUUCCUCCCAGACAAGGCCAAGCAGGGCUGGGGCUCCUCAGUGGUUUACUUCAUGUGGAACCUGCUCCUGAUUGGUCCACGUGUGGCAGCAGUCGCCCUCUUUGCUUCGGUCUUCCCCUGCUUCAUCGCUGCCCACUUCCUGUCUUCCUGGAUGAUUCUAUUUUUUGUCGCCUGGCAACUGAAGACAAACUUCAUGGACAGCGGCGGUGGAGAAUGGCUCUACCGGGCCACCGUAGGUCUCAUCUGGUACUUUAGCUGGUUCAGCAUAGUGGAGGGGCACACCAGGCGGCAGAGCACCAUUUACCACACCUGGAUAGGAGUGGAUAUUGGGAUGCUUUGUGGUUUUUGGGUGUGGCAGAUGAUGAAGAACCCUCCAUAUUUUAAACUGCCACUAGAUCCCUAUGUCAUCUUUGUCAUUAUGAUCUCACUCUACAUAGCUGGACUCUGUCUCAAGGUGACAUACUACAAGUUCUGUCACCCAAAGAUUACAAAGCAGGGAGAAGUUGAGUGUCAUCUCGAGCUGAUGUCGGAGUCGGUGGUGGUCCCCCUAAAUGGGGAAGAUGUGGUUGACUUUAGGUUUAUGGGUCAUACAGAGCGUCCAGAACCGUCGGUCAGGGUCAAUAAAAGGAUGAGGAAUUUAGCCGGUAAUUUUUACUCUUAAUCCAGAUUAUCAGAUGGCUCCUACACAUUGAGAAGACUGUAUGGGCUUGUUCAACAUUGCAGCCGGUGACCCAGCCAGGCAACUGCCAACUGACUGAUCUACAAAUGACCUUGGCUCAUAAAUAACUACUCAUUAUUUAUUGAUCAGUCACAAUUUAAACACACAAUGAGUGAAAGGUCUGUCUGUUUUCGAUCCAUCCUUGUACUUGAUUGAUGAAUUAAGGUCAGUAAUUAGUAAGGAACUCCCCUCACCUGGUUGUCUAGGUCUUAAGGGAAAGGGAAAAACCAAAAACCCACACUCAGCUCUCCGUGGAAUAAGUUUUACACCCCUGCCCUACUUAAAUGAACCAGCUCUAUAGCUUGAAACACUGAGAAAUGUUGACGCAUUCAUUAAAAUGACUGGAAUGAUUUGUUCUAUGAAGACGAGGAUGGCGAUACGAGACAGUUCUGUUUGGCACUGUGCAUUUCUAAUAUGAAGGUAAACAUUACAGUAAUGUUUAUCGUGGUCAUGAACUUCUUAUUAAUAUGACCUCGUGAGUACAGCUGAUCAGGGUUACUUAUUGACAGUGGUGGAACAAAAUACUAAAUUGACAUACUUUAGACUUUAAUAAACGUAAAGAUACUUUUACUUGAGUAAUUUUCUAUUAAGCUGAGUCACCCAGUAAAAUACUACUUCAGCAACUCUAGAAGUAUUUGGUUAGAAAUAUACCUAAGUAUCCAAAGUAAAUGGAAUUGCUAAAAUAUAGUUAAGUCAAAGGUAUAAAUAAUUUCAAAUGAAUUGUUAAGCAAACCAAACAAUGUAUUUAUUUAUUUAUAGAUAGCCAAUGGCACACCAGCAUUGUUUAGUGAGUCCGCCAGAUCAGGUAGUAGGGGUGACCAGGGAUGUUCUCUGUUUAGUGAGUCCGCCAGAUCAGGUAGUAGGGGUGACCAGGGAUGUUCUCUGUUUAGGGAGUCCGCCAG